GAGAUAUGGCAUGACCCAAUAUCGUGAAUAAACAGAGCACAAAAGCAGAGGGAACUCAAAAAGGGCCUGUGUGAAUUAGGGUUCCAUUGACAUCGCUCUCUUCACAAAUCUCACACUCGCUAUCAGCUUUCAGCGAUCGGCGCCAAUGGCGGAGGAAGCAUCGACUGGGGUAGUGAUUCGUUUCCAUGCAGCCAAGGGUUUCGGAUUUAUCAAGCCAGAUGAUGGCGGCGAUGAUCUGUUUGUUCAUCAAUCCGAGAUUCAAGCUGACGGCUACCGUAGCCUCCAGGAUGGUCAGAAAGUCAAGUUUCUAGUUGUCGAGAAGAACAAUCGGCAACAAGCUGUUAAUGUUGCCGCUUUAGAUGGAUCUACCGGCGACAGAAACCGUAAUCGCGAUGGAUACGGUGGUGGAGGUCGUAGAGGAGGUGGCGAUGGAUACGGAUUCAGCCGUGGCGGCGGAGGCGGAGGGUACAAUGAUGGUGGAGGUUUCAGGGGAAACAAUGGUAACGGCGGUGGGUUCCGGAGCGGCGGUGGUGGCGGCGGACGUGAAUGUUAUAACUGUGGUGGGGUUGGGCAUAUCGCAAGGGAUUGUAGUAGCAGCGCUGGAGCUGGUGGCGGUGGCGGCGGUUGUUAUAACUGCGGAGGGUUUGGUCAUUUAGCUAGGGAUUGUUCUCGCGGACGUGGAGUUAAUGGUGGCGGAGGUGGUGGCGGUGGCGGUGGUGGUGGAUGCUACACUUGUGGCGAACAAGGGCAUAUGGCAAGGGACUGUACCUCAGGAGGAGGUGGUGGGGGCGGCGGCGGCCGUGGUUUCUCUAGAUCUGGUGGAGGCGGCGGCGGCGGCGGCUUUAGGUCUGGUGGCGGGGGUGGUAACUGCUACCAUUGUGGAGAACCUGGACACUUUGCUAGAGAAUGCCCAACCAAUGCUUGAUCAAUAAACUAACAAAAGUGUAUCCUCGACAUUACUAUCGGCUUAAGAUUUUUGAGGUACAUUUGGUUAAUUAGUUCUUAGCUUUUCUUUUUUCUUGUUAAUUGAACGAUACAUUGGAAGUCACAUUCUAGAUCUUGUGUCUUAAUCCUAUGAAUAUAUUUGGAGGGCUGGUCCUUAAUCUCAGUUUUGUUCGUGAAGUUUGAUGUUUUCUCCUAUGUUACUUCUGUUGAUUAUAUUAUAUCAAUCUGGUUGAUUCUCUA